UCUUCGGGGUCUUUGAUAUUUAAACCCAUAUACAGUUACAUCGAUUCUAUCAGAGUCUAAUAGAUUCCUUAAGCUGGAGAUAUUUCGAUAAAGCAGAGUAUUUGCCGUGUACACAGAACGUGAUGUGUACCUAUUAUUCACGUGCUUUCAUUAACGAGUGACAACGAGAUAAGGGUGCCCCUUCCUGACGAGAUUUUCCGGGUGGAUAGCGCGAAUCGUUAUAAAUCGAAUUACAGCUCGGUUCGCGGAUCGAGUAUAAGACGGGCGUUCUGUUUGUACCAAUGAAUCACUUGGUGCUCCGCUGUUUAUAAAUUUCAUUCCUCACCGAUCCCUGGCUAAAGGCUGACAAUAAUCGCGAAAUUGUCGGUGCGGUCUCGUCCGCUUGAAAAAACGUGCAAUGGAGAAGCGUGAAAAACCGCCAGAGGAAUCGGGAAAGUUGCGGCAAUUCAUUGCCGCGAUGGUCGUGAAUCAGUUGGGGCUAAUUUACGGGAUCGUCAUAGGAUGGCAGUCACCGUCAGCGCCGCAGCUGCAAAGUCCUUCGCCGCCCAUGGGCAACGAACCCAUGACAGAUACUGGUGUGUCCUGGUUGACUGGGAUUUUGUGCCUAGGUGGUACCAUUGCGACCGUGAUGUUGGGGGUGAUACCAGACAAAUUUAGUCGAAAGAGAUUCGGCUAUAUGUUAACGUUACCGGUGAUAAUCGCUUGGCUGCUGAUCAUAUUCGCCAACGAGUAUAUAUAUCUCUACGUGUCGAGGGUUUUGAGCGGCAUCGCCGGAGGCGUCACGUUCUUCCUCAUCUCUAACUACGUGUCAGAGAUCUCGUGUGACAGCAUCCGCGGUAUGCUGGCAAGUAUCCUGGUAUUCUCCCUAAAUUCAGGGAUAGUAGUGGCUUACAUUCUGGGCGGUGUAAUGUCCUUCCGUAUCUUCCCUGUGGUCAGCGUAGCAUUAGCUGUUCUAUUCUUCAUCACCUUUCUCUUCAUGCCGGAGUCGCCAGUCUAUUUGGUGCGCCAAAAUCGUAUGCACGAGGCGAUUAGAGCCUUGAAGUGGUUGAAAGCUGGAAACAGUGUGGCGGCGGAAUGUACACUGUCGCAAAUACAGAUGCAAGUUAAAGAGACCGCAUCCACAAGGCCCGCCAAGUUUUCGGAUUUGUUCAGAGACAGAGCGACGAUCAAAGGAUUGGUAAUUACCUUGGGUCUGUUCACCAGCCAACAACUUUGCGGGAUCAUUGCGAUGAUCGCGAACACGGAGACUAUCUUCAAAAUAUCCGGCAGUUCGUUAUCGCCAAACACGUCGUCUAUCAUUGUGGCGACCAUACAGGUGUUCGGAUCGUGGUUAGCGAUGAUUUUAGUGGAGCGUGCAGGCAGGCGGUUCUUACUUCUCCUAUCAUGCGCGGGAAUGUGUAUAUGUCAUUGUGUGAUAGGCACGUUCUGUUAUCUUCAAAACCUCCAAUAUGAUGUGUCCAAUUAUGCUUGGAUACCGGUGAUAACAUUGUCCACCUACAUGAUAACAUACUCUUUGGGAAUGGGCAACGGACCUAUCGUGGUGAUGACUGAAAUAUUUAGUCGUGACGUGACCAGUCUGGCCUCGAUCGUUGGUCUCACUGUAAGCUGGGGGUCCGCUUUCAUCAUGGCAAAGAGUUUUACCGAUCUCGUUGCUUUGUUAGGCACGCAUGGCUGCUUCUUCCUCCUCGCCACCUUUUGCGCGUGUAGUUUUCUGUUUUGCUUCGUGUUGCUACCGGAGACCAAGGGACGAUUACGCGAAGACAUUGUGAACGAACUUAAUGGCGAGCAGUGUACAAAAAAUAAGAACAAGCAUAUCAUUGGGUCGGAUUUAGAGCAUGCGGAAUAUGUGUGAAAGUGUUACGUAUGUCCAACGAAAACUAACACUGUAAUGAGAAAAUGUGUAAAACAUCUUCAUCAUUUCAUUUUUCACUAAACAUUCUGUACAUAGCUUUAUAAAAGUUCACACGUUGUCAGUUUCUUAAAAAUCAUUACUAAUUUCUUUACUAACAUACUCACAAUAAUUUUUAUUUAAUCUUUGCGCAUUCCUUUCAUAUUUUCACAUUCAUUCAUUACUUAAAAUUUGAAAAUUUACCCAAGUAUAUUACGUGUCUAAUACUUUACUAAUUCAAUGUAUUGCGAAAAUAAAACUAUUAAAUAUGUUUAGUUAAAGAGGAGAUGAGUCUCGCGUCAUGCACUUCAUCUGAUUUUUAAAAUUUUAACAUAAACUUUAUCAAAGAAAUGCGUUUGUUUAAUCUUAUAACGUCAUACAUUAUCUUGCAUGUGUGUUUUAUAUGUAUGUAACACAUGAGGCGUUUAAAAUAUUGAUAUAUGAUACACGGCACGAUAGAUAUGACAAACCUGACAAUAUUGACAAUGUUAAUAAUAUUCAGACGAGGACAUAAACGAUAACGUGUCUGGUUUUAAUAACAGAACUGUUAUUAAAAAUAAAAAUAAAUAUUAUAUGUAAAAGAUUGUAUGUAUACAUAUUUUACAUUGUUACUUGUUCUAAAUGAUGCUUCUUAAUAAAGAACAUUAAUAUAUUAAUUAUACACUAAAUAAUAUUAAUAAUGUUAAUAAAAUUUAAUCAAUAUUACAGUACAAUAAGAUCUUUAUAUAAACUUUUUAUUUACAAUCAAAAUUAUAUUAAUGUGUGUAUAUAUAUAAAUGUAUGUACACACAUUUGUGUAGAUUACAAAGUAUGAUUUUUUUAUUUACAUGCUUUUCUAGUAAAAUAUGUAUAAUUGAAGACUCUAAACUUAUACAAAUACAAACCUAAGACUCUCAAAUAUUACUAACUUAAUAACUAAUUUAAUAAUAUUUAAUUGUCCUUUUUUUUAAAUACCUCAAAAUAAACCAAAUAAUAAAAAAUUAUAUCACCUUUUUUCAUAAAUUAAUAUUGUCGAUCAAUCAUCAGUCGUUCUUUUUCGCACGCUCUUGUUACUAAUCUUUCUCUUUUUAAAGAUAGUCGAUGCCUCUUCAUCAUCACUAUCACCGGUACUAAUUUGCGUGACAGUUUUUUCUUUAAAAGUUCUCUGCAGUGGCGGUGGCUCGAACUUCGUAAACGUGGGUAGCUGUAUCUGCUUUUGUUGCUUUGGUAACUGGAGAUCUAUUGGUUUCUUUUUGCUGAAACAUCAAACGUAUUCGCAUUCAUCUUUGGUGAACAAGACCAAUGUAGGAAAGUAGUUAAUCCUCGAGCAAGCUUCUGUUAUAAUACAAAAAAAUAAUAUGCUUGUAAAUUUUAACUAGUAUGAUGCCAUAUUAUUAAAUAAUUGUACGUUAAUGAGCCAGCAAUUAACAUAGCUCCACUCUUGCAACAGUAAUCUUCAUUUCUAAUUUACAAUCUUUAUUGAUUUUCAGUUAUUUGAUUUAUAUAAAUACAAAAAAUAUAUUUUUAAUAUCAUGUUGCUUCUAACAUUUACUUUAAUUUGGUACCAGAAAAAGUAAUUGAUUGAUGGAAAACGCUACGUGUUUUACGAUUAAUCGUAAAAAUAUACACAAACGUUGUGUCUUACCCGUCAUCUCCGCACUCAAGAUUUUAUAAUAAACGUUGUUAAUAUUAAACAAAUAUUUAUUAUUGUGCGAUAAAUCUUUACGAAAAAUGUUUUAAUCUUGGCAAUCAAAAUAGUGUGACAUUCAAAUAUUUACCUUGUAUCCACGACUUGCCAGGAUCCGUAAGGCUGCGGUCUCUCGGGCACACUGUAGUCUCGCCAGUAAGGUCGUUCCUCUUCGGCAGCCACAUUCUUUAUUUCCACACUUUUGUCGUCACCUUGAGCGUCGUUUUCAACGGGUCGUUUCCUGAACUCUUUCAUCUUCUCCCUCUCGACGUUGGCUCGUUGUUCCUCAAGAAUAUCCGUCUUCUCAGACACUUCCUCUUUAUCCAAUUGUUCCAUGAGCUCUCUCUGAAGCGUCUCCUCCUUUGCUUCCUCUUCUUGCUCCGCGAAAGUCAUGUAACCUUCCUCCGGAGGCUCCCAAACCGACUCUAAUGUGUUUCAAAUAAUAUUACUGAAUGUUUGAUAAGGGAUUCAAUAAGAGAUUUACAAUGUAUAUAAUAUCGUAACAACAUUAUAAUUUUAAGGAUGUUUUGACUAUAUAAUAUUAAUUGAAAGUUAAUUAAUUGAAUUUUAAAAACUAACUUUUUAGAUUUAUUUAUUUUUUUCUAAUUAACGACAAAAAAUUUUAGUCAUGAAUAUCCAAAUUUUAGCUCUGAAACCAGGUAUAAAGAAUAAAAUAAUAUGUCUAUUUAUUUAAAAGUAAAUAUUUUCAAGCAGAACAAUCAAAUGUUUGUAUCAAAAUAAAUGGUUUUAAGAAAA